UGUGUAUCAGUGAGUUCAGACAAUCAGUCAUGAGGUUUCCUUUUUGUUUCUGUCUUUUCCUCUCUAUGCUUCAUUUUUCUGAUGGAUGUAAUCUUUCAGAUCAUAGUGAGCUUACAAAAGUAACAGGUUACACAGGUGGAUCAGUCCUGCUUCCCUGCUCCUGUGCUGACCUUCAGUCUACAGUCAAGACUUUCACCUGGAAGCACUACUACAAUAGAGAAGACCAGUGGAAUGAAGUAUUUCAAGAUGACAACCGCACGGACAGACUGAAGCUGUUUAAUCAAAAUUCUCCAGCGAAUCUGUCUCUGCUCAUUUCUGACCUCAGAAAGGAGGAUGAAGGGGAAUAUAGUUGUUAUACUUCACAAACUUACACAUAUGUUAGGGUAACAAUAAAAGGGUGUGAUCUGGAUAAGAAUAAACCUACGGCAAAGGUAAAGGGAUAUUCGGGAGAGUCUGUGGUUCUGCCCUGCUCCUGUACUGAACUACAGGCUAAACCUGAACAACUUACAUGGACAUUUACUGCCCCAAACAAAAACUCUGAAGAGAUUUACCCAUAUGAACAGAGCGAGAGAGUCACAGGUCGAUUAAGACUGUUAAAUGAAAUCUCUCCUGGAAAUCUCUCUCUACAAAUAUCAAAUCUGACCAAAGAGGACCAGGGAGAAUAUCGCUGCUCUGUCUCGUCUCAACAGCACAUCAACAUCAGACUCCGUGUUCAAGAGGAACUUUACUUUCAAUCGAUCUGUUUAUCAACCAAUAAACCUGCAAAAAACAGAGAAGAAAGUAGUACAACCACUCAACACACAGGAGGCAUAAGAAGAAAACAGCCACAAAUCCUGCAUUAAUAAUGAGUUUACAUGCAAACAGCAGACGCACCAGCAGAGACAGCAGAGCACAUGGAGUCUAUCAGCACCCAGUAAAAAUGACUCAAAAUCAUAAUCUGCAUUUUAUUUGAAACAUCCAACACUUUCUGAUCUAACUUUGGUAACCUAUUUUUGGCCUCUGUUUUAUCUCAACAUAUCUUGUUUAUACCCUCUUUAAUUAUAAGAUGUGUGUAUACUAAUGUGUGUUUAGCUUAUUCUCAAAAAGCCUUUUUGCUUGUUGACUGGACUGCAAUUAUCAUGUCUAAAUGUAUAAAAUGUAUAAAGCCAGACCAAAAGCAGUGUUUAUGAGUAAAAGAUUAAUAGCAUUUUCUUCAUAAUCUCUAAGGCAAGUUUCCAGAAGGCAUUGUUAUCUUGGUAUCAUGUAAUUAUUUUUGAUGAUUUAACAAAUCGUGCAUAUAUGUCUGUCUUCCAGGAGUUUAUUCAUACAUGCACACACAUAAACAUCUGAAUUGUGUGUGUAUUUCAGAAUUUU